AGCGAAAACCAUAAGCACUUCAAACCAUAAUAGCAUCAAUUAUGACUAUGGCUACUAAACACUCUCCUCUAUUAAGGAUUCUCAUCUUGCUAAGCUUGGUGGCUGUUACAAUGGCAGAUGAUGAUGAUGACAGUGUUAUCCCAUCAAACUUUAGCCGUGGUUAUUUUCCAGACGGCUUCAUUUUCGGGUCAUCUACUUCUUCUUAUCAGAUUGAAGGCGAAGCACUCAAAGAUGGAAGAGGACCCAGUGUAUGGGACAUAUUUACCCAUGAGACUCCAGAGAGGAUAUUGGAUGGCAGCAAUGGAGAUGUAGCAGAUGAUUUCUAUAACAUCUUCAGACAAGAUAUUAAAAGAAUGAAGCAAAUGAGUUUAGAUGCCUUUAGAUUCUCCAUUUCAUGGUCCAGAAUAGUACCUAGUGGAAGGGUAUGGGAGGGAGUGAAUCAGCAAGGAAUUGACUUUUACAACAAUGUUAUCAACGAAAUUAUAGCAAAUGAUAUGAAGCCUUUUGUAACUAUGUUCCAUUGGACUACUCCUCAGGCGCUAGAGGAUAAGUAUGGUGGCUUUUUAAGUCCCAAUAUUGUGAAUGAUUUUCGUGAUUAUGCGGAUCUUCUUUUUGAAAAAUUUGGUAAUCGAGUGAAGCAUUGGAUGACUUUAAAUGAACCAUGGACUGUUGCUGGAUUUGGCUAUGAUGAUGGCAUCCAUGCCCCUGGAAGAUGCUCACCUUGGGUGAAUUAUCAAUGCCCUGCUGGAAACUCAUCCACGGAACCUUAUAUAGUUGCCCAUAAUUUACUCCUUUCUCAUGCUGCAGCUGUACAAGUAUAUAGAGAAAAAUACCAGGGAGAACAAAAUGGCACAAUUGGGAUAACACUCUUUACCUUCUGGUAUGAACCUAUCUCCAAUAAAGCUGAAGAUAUGGAAGCAUCCCAAACCGCCCUUGAUUUUAUGUUUGGAUUGUUUAUGCAACCUAUAACAAAUGGUUCGUACCCAUGGCGUGUGCAAAAGCUAGUUGGAGAUAGAUUGCCAAAUAUCACUGCCAAUGAAUCUCAAUUGCUUAAUGGAUCAUAUGAUUUUGUUGGGUUGCAAUACUACUCUGCAUAUUAUGCAAAAGCAAACGCUUCUCUCGAUCCAUAUUAUGUUAGAUACAAAACUGAUAGCCAUGUUAAUGUAACUGCUUUUGAUGAGAAUGGUACAGCCAUUGGUCCAAAGGCUUACUCACCAUGGUUUUACAUUUACCCGGAAGGCAUUCGAUAUCUUUUAAACUACACUAAAGUUACAUAUAAUAAUCCAGUAAUUUACGUUACUGAAAAUGGGGUUGAUGAGUACAAUAACCGAAGCCAAACUCCAAAGGAAGCGGCCAACGAUCCGUUCAGGAUAAAUUAUUAUAAAAAACAUAUGUGGAAUGCGCUUAGAUCCAUUAAGGAGUACAAUGUUAAUGUCAAAGGUUACUUUGCAUGGUCAUUUUUAGACAACUUCGAAUGGAAUAUUGGUUAUACUGCGAGGUUUGGUUUGCACUAUGUAGACUACAAUCAUAGCUGCACAAGAUACGCCAAGCAUUCAGCUAAAUGGUUCUGCCGAUUCCUAAACAAUUCGGGAAGCGAUCCGGAAAGCGAUCCUUGUCCACUUCUUCCAUACAAUGGAUCAACUGAUCUUCCUCAAAAGCUGGGAGAUACAAAUAGAGGUGCACUGCUGCUGAAUUCUAGCUAGUGACCUUGUGUUGUAAUAAAAUUUGUGAUUAUCCAAUGUAAUUCCCUAUGGGAAUUUCAUCUCCUGUGUGCUUUUGAUGUGAUAAUAAGCUAUCUAAUGCAUAAUGUACUGGUAUUGUGCCUUUGAAUAAAAAUAAUUUGUGUUACUUUAGUCAA